AUGUCUAAGAGAGCGGACAUUGAGAUGAAAGAGCUUAAGGCCAGCUGUCAACUUUCGUUGACGACCGUCGUGGAUAUCGGCAAAGAGGCCGGCGCAGGGUCUUCCGCGUAUCUUGAUCUUGAGGCCGACCACGUGGAGAGCCACAAGCGUGAAAAUUGCGCCAGUGGUGUGUCUGGUGGCGACAGGGACUGGAAGCCUCAGCACAUUGGGCUGGCUGGUUCCAAUUGGUAA